UUACAAUCAUUCACGCGAUGGCGAUCUUAAAUAGUCAAAAUUCUUUUUCUUUUAUCUAUGUAUUACGUCAACAUUUAAACAGUAUCGUGUAUCCAUAUUGACAUUUUACUUUACUAAGGACACACUUACCUAGAAGCAAUGACAGCUUAUCAGAAUGAUCACAAGAAAUAAGAUAAAUGAUGUCAAAACAGAGAGUAUGUGUAGUUGGUGCUGGCAUCAUUGGUCUGUCGUCUGCUGUUAGAAUUCAAGAAAAUAUACCAGGGGUUGACAUUACCAUCAUAGCAGAUAAAUUCUCCCCGAACACCUGCUCCGAUGGAUCAGGAGGAUUUUGGGAGCCAUUUUUAUUACCCAAGGAAUCACUUGCUCAAUCCAAUAAAUGGUGUCAGGAUACAUGGGAUUAUUUAAUGAGCCUCGUCAACUCGACAACUGCAGCAGCUUUUGGUGUCCAUACAGUGUCUGGAUAUAAUUUUACGGGUGUAAAUAUUCCAGAAGAUCCUCCAUGGAAAGACCAAGUACUAGGUUAUAGACGUCUUUCUGUCAAAGAGAUAAAACUGCACCCUGAAAACAGAGAUGGAGUAUUUUAUACAACAAUGAUGAUAAAUGUAAAGAAAUAUCUACCCUGGCUCAUGACACAAUUUCGAAUAAAAAAUGGAAAAGUAAUCAACAGAAAGAUAAAUUCUUUGGAAGAGGUCAUGACAGAUUAUGAUUUAGUUGUAAACUGCACCGGCAUUGGUUCAUACGACCUUGGAGACCCUUCUGUCUACCCAGUUAGAGGUCAAGUAAUACGGGUAAAAGCACCUUGGGUAAAGCAUUUUUACUUUGACAAGGACCCUUCGGAAACAAGAAAUAAAAUUUAUAUAUUUCCAGGGAAAGACUUCGUGGUCUUAGGUGGCACGUCACAGAUAGGAAAUUGGAGUACAGAUGUAACAGAAUCAGAUAGAAAGAGGAUAUUGGACGGUUGUUCAAGGUUGAUACCCAGUCUGCGGGAAGCAGAAGUAUUAGAAGAAUGGACAGGUUUAAGACCAUCAAGACCAACAAUACGAUUGGAGAAAGAAGAUGUAUGUUUUAAUGGAAAAACGGUAACAAUUAUUCACAAUUAUGGGCAUGCAGGAUCAGGAAUUACAUUAUUCUGGGGAUGUGCAAAAGUUGCUACAGAUCUAGUCACGGAGAGCUAUAGACUCAGACAGCAAUCAAAAUUAUAGGAUUCGACUUCGGUUAUAAACUCAUAGAUAUGAUUUAUGUUUUAUUUAGCAAAUAUUAUACAUAUUAAUUAAUGUUCUGAUAAACCUGGACACAUUUCAAUGUUAUCGCAUUACAUAAUAGGUACCCACAGAAACUGAAAUGAUAACUUGAUUAGCUAAAGUUGAUUUGGAUCAUGGUUUAGGGGGUGCCAGAUGGCAUUAGAUGGUGAAUAUCAUGAGACCAUUUCAUAAAAUUCCUUUUAGGGAUUUAAGCGGAGAAGCGGAUACAACUGUUUACUGUAGUGUGUAGAUUUAAGAAGUUCGUGUUACACCAAAGAAAACCCUGAAAUCAUUUGGAUGAAGAAAUGAAAUAAAAAUGCAAAAGCAAAUCAUUUUAGUAAGAUUUCGUAAAAAUUAUUAAGAUAAUUGUUAAGCGAUUCAAAGGUAGUUACGGAUACAAAAGUUAAAAACGGACGGACAAAUGAACGGAUUCACGUAUAACCGAACUCCCUGACUGGCCCAUCAUUAUGUAACGUAUGCGUAAGAAAUAAGUAUGCAACAUAAGCAAAUGAUUUUUUACAAAGAUGGAAUUGUAGUCACUUUAAAAAAAUCAAACGAGCGUUGUUUCGACAUAACAUUAAAUCUUAAUAAAUCGAAAGGACAUAUAAUAAUAUAUGCCCAACACUCGAGAUGACCUAAACAAAAAAUUUGUUCAAUACAUUUAAAUUAUUUGAAUUUAUAACAUUAAUUGAUUUUUGCAUGAAAUUGUUUUUUUGUUUUUUUGUCAUGUGAAUUCCUCGCUUAUUAUGAGCAAGAGGAUAACUAUAUUUGGUAUAUGGGUUCCUUGCAACGUCUACAUCUCCGUCCAACAGGGUUCACCUGACCUCGACAUCAUUUCAUGGAUCAGUUAUCAAGGUUGAAGUUACGUGAUUAGGUCCGUUUCUAAAGUGCUAUAAACAGUAGAUCAACUAUAUGUGGUGUAUGGAACGAUUGUAAGGGGUACAUGUCAGUCUGGCAGGUUUCAUCUGACCUUGACCUCAUUUUCAUGGUUCAUAAUCAAUGUUAAGUUUGUGUGUUUUGGUCUGUUUGUCAAGUACUAUUAGCAAUAGGUCAACUUUUUUUGGUGUAUGGAAUGAUUGUAAGGUGUACAUGUUUGUCUGGCAGAUAUCAUCUGGCCUCGACCUCAUUUUCAUGGUUCAUUGUUCAAUGUUAAGUUUUUGUGUGUGGGUCUGUUUUUUUCAAAUACUAAUAGCAAAAGGUUAACUAUAUUUGGUGUAUGGAAUAAUUGUAAGGUGUACAUGUCUGUCUGACAGGAUUUAUCUAACCUUGAUCUCAUUGUCAUGGUUCAUUGGUCAAUGUUAAAUUUUUGUGUUUUGGUCUGUUUUUCAAAUACUAAUAGCAAUAGGUCAAUUAUAUUUGGAGUAUGGAAUAAUAGUAAGGAGUACAUGUCUGUCUAACAGAAUUUAUCUGACCUUGACCUCAUUGUCAUAGAUCUUUAAAAGAUAGUUAAGUUUAUGUGAGAACCUUUAUCUUUAAAACUUUAAACAUAAAUUCAAUGGUCAGUAAAGCAGGCGAGACAUUUCAGCUUGUGCGCUCGUGUUGAAAAUAUGUUUGCCUUUCAGGUUUUAACUUGGCUAGACUUAUAUAUAUUAUUCAGUGGUUGUCGUUUUUUUUUUGUUGCUAUAUAUCAUUUUUGUUUUUCGUUUCUUGUUUAGAAAAUAAAUGGGGCCGUUAGGUUUCUCGUUUGAAUUGUUUUACAUUUGUCAUUUCGGGGCCUUUUAUAGCUUACUAUUUGGUAUGGGUUUUGCUUGUUUUUGUAGGCCUUACGGUAACCAAGGUUGUUAACUUCCACGUUAUUUGGUCUCUGGUGGAGAGUUGUCUUAUUGGCAUUCAUACCACAUUUUUUUAUUUUUAUAUUAUAUGUACAAACAAACAAUUAUCUGUGUAUAUGGAAAGUUCCUGUUACUAACUAUUAUUCGAUGUGUUCAAAAACGUUGAGUAGAUUUCGGGAAUAUAUAUGCAUGUAUAUAAAAUAAACAAAAAUAUGUUUGCCAUUUGGUAAUUUAUGGAAUAUUUAUAUGUAUGCAAUUUCGUACCUUAUAGAAGAUUUAUAUGUAUACCAUUUCGUACCUCACGGUAGACUUAUAUGUGUGCCAUUUCGUACCAUACGAAAGAUUUAUAUAUGUAAGCCAUUUCGUACCAUAUCUCUAAAACUGAAAAAAACCAAAGCAAGUUCUUUGAUUAGUUACACAAGGUGAAAAUUCUUUUGCAAACAUUUUUAUUCAUGGCUUUCUUCUUGGGGGAAUAUCAGCGUGUCUCCCUUUUCGCUACAUUUCCUGUCAAAAAAUAACAGUUAGUAACUAUAAAAAAUAGUUGCAGAUAAUUAUUCCUUAGUUGGUUAAUUAACCUCAUGUUUUUGAGUUAAAAAAUAAAAUAAAGUAAUAUGAAACGAGUUUCUACUAAUAUUAAUGUUAUCGAAAUCAUGGAACCAAUGCAUGCAUAUAUACUAAACUAAGUCAUGUAUGCACUUUUUUUUUAUAUUUAAUACGAAUCUAUAACGUAUUAUCGACAAUUAAUAUUUCUUUCAGUGAUUGUUGAUCGUAAGCUAAUUAACUUUCGAGUUUGUUGCCGAAGUUAACCGGAUCGUGACAUUGAUAAACAAUCAACACGUGGAGCACGUGACAAAUAAGUGAAUUGAAAGAGCCAUGAUAUUUUGUUUAGUAUUUUCCAUGCGUUCCUAUUUGUUAAUUAAACUAUUCCUUAACAAUUGUUAAAUGAUUUGUUGUAUCAUAUUUGUUCUUAAAGAAUCGAAUAAGUUAUUACUAUUUACUUUAACUUCCAGUGCACAUUUGUUAACAUUCUUUCAUCACGGUUUUCCCCUCGCACUUGCGAUGUGUGGUUGCCGAAGUUAAGGUUACUGCAUACGGCGAAUAAGUGUACGGGAAGACAAUAAUUCAAUAGCAGUCCAUUUUUGAAGAUUUUCAUAAUAUAAAGGAAAGAAAGUUCACGUACACUUGUUUUAUAGUAAAACUUAGCCAUUCAAGUAUAUAAAACAUAUUCAACUUUUUUAUGCCCCCGCCGGAGCGAAGGGGGUAUUAAGUUUUACCCUUGUCCGUCCGUACUUCCGUACGUCCCAAAGUUGGUUUCCGUUCUCUAACUAUAGUUUGCCUCAACUAAAUGCUAUGAAACUUAUACACAAUGCUUAUUACCACAAAAUACAGAUCAAGUUUGAAUUUUGGUGGUGUCACUUUAACCGUUCUAGAGUUAUGCCCCUUUACAGAUGGAAAAAUUGCUGAAUUUUUCGUUUCCGUUCUUUAACUUAAGUUAGCCUCAACUAAAUGUUAUGAAACUUAUACACAAUGCUUAUUACCACAAAAUACAGAUCAAGUGUGAAUUUUGGUGGUGUCACUUUAACCGUUCUAGAGUUAUGCCCCUUUACAAAAGGAAAAAUUGCUGAAUUUUUCGUUUCCGUUCUCUAACUUAAGUUUGCCUCAACCAAAUGUUAUGAAACUUAUACACAGUGCUUAAUAUCACAAAAUACAGAUCAAGUUUGAAUUUUGGUGGUGUCACCUUUACUGUUCUAGAGUUAUGCCCCUUUACAAAAGGAAAAAUGCUGAACUCUAACUUGAGUUUGCCUCAACCAAAUGUUAUGAAACUUAUACACAAUACUUAUUACUACACAACUCAGAUCAGUUACAAAUUUGGGUAGCGUCACUUUUACCGUUCUUCGGUUAUGUCCCUUUAUAACUUUAUAUGAUAUGCAAGCGGGGACAUCAUCUGUGUCCCAUGGACACAUUCCCCAUUUAUUUAAAAUUUGAAGUUUCGUAUGACUUUAAGGAUAAACCCUGCAAACAAACAAAGUGUAAUUAAAAAUAUUAAAGUUUCCAUGUACUGUUUAAUUAAACCAAUCAUUGGUCUUCAGAAGUUUUCUACUACUGGAAGCAUGUAAUUUAUGUCAAAACACUUUAAAAAAAAUUUAGCAUCAGCUCAAAAUGUUUCAUAACAUAUUUUACCUAUUUAUCUAAAAUAAACAAUUGAUAACAUUAGUUUAUAUGUUUUGUUGAAUGGACCAGUAUGAAUUGAAUAUAAAACAUUAUAAAAAUUUAUAAUGGGGCAGUAUGAAAGACCUUUCCUUUUUUGAAUUAUACAUUUUUGUUUUACAAACUCUCCAUACCGAUGAAGGGACAAUAUUUCGUCGAUUUACAAAUAUAUGAUACGAAAUACUAAACAUGUAUUUCAUCUAUGAGGUACGAAAUGGUUAAUGCGGUUGGCCCAUAGGGUACGCAAUGGUUUUGAUCAUGGGUACGAGAUGGUAAAUGCCGGGUACGCAAUGGUAAUUUUUGGUACGAAAUUGUAGAGGUACAAAAAGGUCAGGUACGAAAUGUCUAACUACCAUUUUUACACUCUAAUCGACGAACAAAGCAUGUGACGUCAUACAUUAACAAGACGAUGUCUGAUCGAUCGGAGUCUCCGCUAAACGAUGUCAAUUUAUUUCCUCUAGUGGUCGUUUGUCUUUAUAUUCUUCUGCCAGUAAGAAUAAUUUUUUAAUACAUUUGUAUACAUAAAAUGGACGUCGAUAUGAGACCGGCCACGGAUCUGAGUAAAACAUAUAUAUAUUAAUAUCCAAUGCCAAAUGGACUUUUGUUAAAUAUAGGGCGUUCCUUUCCUUGCUUAUUUUGGAACAAUUAUAUUUGAUAUAAUAGAACAUGGAAUUGAUAUAUAAUAUAAACAUAUUGAAUUAUUUAAUUGUAUUGAAUGUAACACAUCUUUGGUGGGAUGUUGUCUCGCCUGCGACGAAAUUCGCAGUAUGCGACACUUAGGUAUUACUAACCGGCAGCGACGGCGGCGGCGUAAACUAUUUGUAUAAAGCUUUAUAUUUCAGAAGGUAAAAGACCUGGAUGCUUCAUAUCUUGUAUGCACAUACCUUAUGUUACGAAGUUUCCAUCUGUCAUAUGUCCAUGGUCCUUGACCUCAUUUUCAUGGUUCAGUGACUGCUUGAAAAAAAAUUCUAGUUUUUUGUCAUGUGAAUUUCUCACUUAUUAUGAGUAAUAGGAUAUCUAUAUUUGGUAUAUGGGUUCCUUGGAACGUCUAAAUGUCCACCAGACAGGUCACCUGACCUCAUCUCAUUUAAUGGAUCAGUGAUCAAGGUUAAAGUUACAUGAUUAGGUCCAUAUCUGAAAUACUGUAAGCAGUAGGUCAACUUUAUGUGGUGUAUAGAUUGAUUGUAAUGGGUACAUGUCAGUCUGGCAGGUUUCAUCUGACCUUGGCCUCAUUUUCAUGGUUCAUUGGUCAACGUUAAGUUUGUGUGUUUUGGUCUGUUUUUUAAGUACUACAAUCAAUAGGUCAACUACAUUUGGUGUAUGGAAUGAUUGUAACUUGUACAUGUCGGUCUGGCAGGUAUCGUCUGACCUUGACCUCAUUUUCAUGGUUUAUUGGUCAAUGUUAAGUUUUUGUGUUUUGGUCUUUUUUUCAAAUACUUAUAGUAAUAGGUCAGCUAUAUGUGGUGUAAGGAAUAACUGUAAGGUGUACAUGUCUGUCUGGCAGGUAUAAUCUGACCCUGACCCCAUUUUCAUGGUUCAUUGAUCAAUGUUAAGUAUUUUGUGUUUUGGUCUGUUUUUCAAUUACAAUAAGCAAUAGGUCAGCUAUAUUUGACGUUUUAAAAAAUUGUGAGGUGGAUAUGUCUGUCUGACAGGAUUAAUCUGACCUGACCUCAUUCUCAUAGAUCUUUAGAAAUGUUAAGUUUAUAUGAUACUUCUAGUAAAACCUUUAUCGUUAAUAGGGCAUUAGCUACGAGAUAUAAAAAAAAAAUAAAAAUAUGAUUUUGUUUUGUUCAAUCAUUAAUGAAAGUGAAAUAGUGAUAUAUUAAUUAGCUUUUAGCAGCCAGUUUGGUUCAAUUUUGUCAAAAUAAGCGAAGAAACAUCGCUGGUGAAUUAUUCACUUGCAAGUGAAUAAUUCGACCUCAUUGAAUCCGUAUUCAUGUGACCUUCAAUUUAACCUCUUAGCUAGAGAUGGGUUACGCAUGAACUAGGCGUGUUCAGCUAUCAAAAGGAAAAGAAUGUCAACAUUGGAAGUGAAACCAUGGUAAACCAUUUGGUUGAUUCGAUCCACAAAAACUCAUUCUUAUACAAGUAAAAACGAUGAUAAACGAUGAUUUACACAUUUGUUUAACCUCUAAUAUGAAAUCAAACAGACCUAGAAAUUGCACGAGUUCGCUAUCUAUUUAUAUCUAUGUUUAUGUUUAUAUCGGGUUAUAUGACCGUCGGCAGUCUUCGGAGGUCACCUCGGUGGUUAAUUAGAUGGCGCCUAGUCUAAAAUGCACACGAAAUGCUGAGACAUAUUAUCGUGUUCAUGCAUCAUAAAUUGUUUAUUUUAUACUUUUUAGUAUUUGGAUACACGUUUUAGUAUGUUAUAAGUCGAAUAUGAGAAUUUGAGUCAAAUCGGUGAACAUGAUUUUGACAGCUAAUGGCCCUUUAAGUCUUUCAACAUAAAAUCAAUUGUCAGUAAAGCAGGCGAGACAUUUGAGCGUGUGCACUCUUGUUGUUAUUAUAUAUAGUUUGACAGACAUUUAUGUUAUGUUAACCUUUAAGGGAUAUAUUGUUUUCAUUAUUCACCAUUACUUACUAUUGUUAUAUUCGUCAUCUAUAUAAUAAAUUGGCGCUUUCAUUCA